UUAGCUCUCACAGAUUCUAAAUUUUUUAUUUAAAAAAAAAAGUUGCUGUCAACUUCUUAGAUACAUCAUUUAUUCUAGGGAUCAGAAAUAGGCAACAUAGAUCUGAAAAAAGAAAUUGGCCCUAACAUGAUCAAACACAAGAGUUUAUUUUCCUCGCUUUUUGUGCCUACAGCUCCAAUUAAUGCAAACAGAAAUUGUGCACAUGUAUAGGGAAAAAAACAAGAUUAAUUCCCAGAGGGCUUGAUCCAACUCCUCUUAAAAUCAAUGGAGGAACUGAAAUCAAUGGGUGUUGGAUCAGGCCUCUAAAUGGGAUAAAUUCUAUCUCUCUAAUGAGUCUUGACAAUCCCUGUGCUUAGGGAAUUACCGUAUUUAGGCCAGCAAAGCUUAGACAACUUAGGUGGGAUACACAGGUAUUUAGAAUACACAUAAGAUUAAUUCCUGGUGAGAGACUAAAAUAGUCAUCAGAAUGUAAGGCAUAAUCAACAGACGGGAGUUGUGCUGGGCUUGUCAGCUAUUGCACAGUGACCGCACAGUACCACAGAGUACAGAAUCUACGUUGAGACUCAGCGAGGUAUCGCUGUGCAGAUCCUACUGAAAAGCCUCGUGAAUUAAAAUUUGCAACAACUUCUUCAUGCCAGCACUAGCUGUAACCGGCAAAGACACUGUUCUCUUGGAAUCUUAUAAUGAGCUUGCAGAUGUCUCCCCAGAAUGCCUUGCUUUCAAACUCAGCGCAGAUAGAUAUUUUGGCUGCCAUACUUUUCUUCAUUAUUUGCUGGCUCAUCCGAGACAGUCUUAACGUGAAAGACCUGAAUGGAAAGCACGUCUUCAUAACGGGAUGUGACAGUGGGUUUGGAAACUUGCUGGCUAAACAGCUUGACCAAAGGGGAUUCCAUGUCAUCGCUGCAUGUCUAACAGAAAAGGGAAGCCGAGAACUACUAGCCUGCACGUCCCUCUCACUGAAGACUGUGAUCCUGAACUUAACAGACUCCAGCAGCAUUGACAACGCAGUGGAGUUUGUGAAACAAGAGACAGAUGGGGAGGGCCUCUUUGGCUUGGUAAAUAAUGCUGGAAGAGCAACGCCGAUGGCACCCACCGACUGGAUGCAGAUAGAUGAUUUCCACACAAUUAUGGAUGUUAAUCUGAUGGGGUUGAUUGAAAUCACCCUGAAGCUUCUCCCGCUUUUGAAAAAGGCUAAAGGAAGAGUAGUCAACGUUGCCAGUGUUAUGGGUCGCUUGGCGUUUUUAGGUGGUGGCUACUGUUUGUCAAAGUGGGGCGUGGAAGCUUUCUCAGACAUCUUACGGAGAGACAUGCAGCAUUUUGGAGUGAAGGUGAGCAUAAUUGAGCCGGGAUGCUUUAAGACUGGAGUAACUAGUUCAGAGGUCAUUGAGAGAGACCUGCUAAGACUUUGGAACCAACUAACUCCUGAGGUCAGAGAAUCCUAUGGAGAUAAAUACUUUGUUGAGUAUAUAAGAGCUCAAAGAUUUUCAAUGAAAAGAUUGUGCGACUCUGACAUUUCUAAAGUCACAAAAUGCAUGGAGCAUGCCUUGAUAGCAAAAUACCCCAGGACACGCUAUGGAUCUGGCUGGGAUGCAAAGUUCUUUUGGCUGCCCCUCUCCUAUGCACCAACCCUUCUAUCUGAUAUGAUGUUGCGUAUGCUGCUUCCAACUCCAGCAGCCAGUAGGAAAUCACUAUCCAGAGUUCCACUUGAUGUUUAAUAUUUAGUACACUAGGGUCAAUGCUAAAGUGAUGAUUGUUAUUCUUUAAAAAAUCAGCCAUUCGCUUUCCUACCUAUAACUAACUGACUGCUUUAAUUGUCUUCAGAAAACACUUUGAUUUUUAUUUAACUUCAGUCUGGAGAAAGUUUUUCUUUGUUAUAUUCAUCAGAGAUAUAUUUGCAGUAUAACAUUCACCUGCAGAGCUGGUCAAAUAGUAUUUACCAGAGACAAAAUUUGGAGACUUUGGGCCUUUUAUUUCCUGAAUCAGUCCUUCUAUAUGCCAAUCUAUUCUGCUCUUAAAGUUGGACCAAAUGUCAGCCUAUGAAUUAUAUGAUGUUG